GCACUGUGUGUGUCUUUGUGUCUUGCCAACCAAGAUGGCGGUGGAUGAGUUAGGAGCCUUGGAGAAAUGUCUGGGGCUAAAAGGAGGAAAAUACAGCUGUAAAGCACAGGGUGGCGGUCAGGUUCCUGUGCUUCAGAUCAACAAGGGUCCUAGCUUAUCGGGGCUUGCCACCAUUGCUUCUUAUUUAGUGAAAGAGGCAAAAAAAGAAGAACUCCUUGGGGCUUCGAUAGAGGAAAAGACCAUUGUUCAACAGUGGCUGGAGUACCGAAUUACACGUAUAGACAGAUUGGCCUCCAAAGAAGAUGUCAGAUGUAUACUAAAGGAUCUUAACUUGUACUUGGAAGACAAAGUGUAUUUGGCUGGGAACACUAUCACCUUGGCUGAUAUCUUAAUCUAUUAUGGCCUGCACCCAAUAAUUGCUGAUCUUUCCAUUCAAGAAAAAGAAACCUACAUCAAUGUGUCUCGCUGGUUUAGUCAUAUUCAGCAUUACCCUGGAAUAAGACAACACCUCCCAAGCCUGGUCUUCAUUAAGAAUAGAAUCUACACAAACCUUCAUUAGGUGGACAGACCUGUGGAAUGUGUGCAUCGACAUGUUGCCCGAAUAAUGUUCUUUUCAGGAAAUAUUUUGUCAUUUUGCUUCAUUUCAUGUCAGAUGUGUUUGUAUGCUCCUUAUGAUUGUUGCAGCUCCUGAAAUGUACAUGUGAAAGAUUCAGACUGCAAAUCAAGCUCAAACUUUUUUAUUUAUUUAAAUUUGUUCUAGAUACUGAAGGGUCAAAGUAUAUAUUUUUCAUAUCCAUGCUUGGUAAAUCUGUGUUUUUAAACUGAUGUUAAGCAAGAAAAAAUGGCCACAUAUUUUGAAGUUUGGUCUUUUUUUAUAUGCUACAUCUUCUUAAUUUGUUUUACUGCCUUGUGCCAACAAAUUGAAGUAAUACAAUUAGUUCUAGUGACCACAUAUAAUUCACCUCUACCCUUAAACCACAAAGAAUUCAAUAUCUCGCAAUUCAUAAUGGAGCUCUGAAAAUAAAUUACUGUCUAAAUGUGA